AUGGCCAGUGGCAAAGAAGUAGCACAGGGUUUACAAUGGAGAGUGAUGGUUCCUUGUGGCACAUCACUGAAGUUGGAGAUGGAGUCCGGGUCUAUUGAUCAAGAAGGGCUAUGGCUGUAUCAUUUGGUAUUAGCUGCAAAAUUAAAGGUCUCAGGGUUCAUGAAGAAGGCCUGGAAGAUUGGAGCUGAUGAUCCAAGAAAGGUUGUCCAUGGCAUCAAAGUAGGGCUUGCACUCGCUUUGGUGUCUGUCUUCUACUAUACCAGGCCAUUGUACGAUGGAGUUGGAGGAACUGCUAUGUGGGCUAUCAUGACCGUAGUGGUAGUCUUCGAAUUCACAGUCGGUGGUAGCUUGUACAAAGGACUCAAUCGAGCCAUUGCCACUCUGAGUGCUGGUGCUCUUGCGGUUGGAAUUCAUUGGCUUGCAAGUAAAUCAAAAGAAACAGCAGAGCACAUAAUUCUUGGGAGCGCAGUCUUCUUCUUAUCAUCUGCAGCAACCUUCUCUCGAUUCAUCCCAACUGUCAAAGUCCAGUUCGAUUAUGGCAUCACAAUAUUUAUCCUCACAUUCAGCUUGGUUGCACUCUCUGGCUACCGUGUGGAUGAACUGUUUGACUUGGCCAAGCGACGGCUCACCACCAUUGCAAUUGGAGUCUCCAUCUGCCUUCUGGUCUGCAUUCUGAUUUGCCCGGUAUGGGCUGGCGAGGAUCUUCACCUCCUUAUCACCCGUAACAUGGAAAAACUUGCUGAUUCCUUAGUUGUAUGCGUGGAUAAAUACUUAAAGGAAGGAGGGAUUGAUGGUGAUAAGGAAGCCUCGUGCCAAAAUUUGCAAGGUUAUAAAUGUGUUCUUAAUUCGAAGGCCUCAGAAGAUUCUCUGGCUAAUUUAGCAAGGUGGGAACCAGCUCAUGGCCGCUUCAGCUUUCGAUAUCCAUGGAGACAAUACCAAAAAGUUAGUGCUGCAAUGCGCGACUGUGCUUACUGCAUAGAAACACUUAAUAGUUGCAUCAAUUCAGAAACUCAGGCUCCUCAUUCUAUAAAGAAGCAUAUUAGUGAUGUUUGUGUUAAAUUAAGCUUGGAAUGCUCGAAGGUUUUAAAAGAGUUGGCGAGCUCGAUCAAGUCGAUGAAGAAAUCCGCAAGAAUAAAUUAUUUAGUUGGAGAGAUGAACAAUGCUGUGGAGGAGCUCCUUGAUGCCUUCAGAUCUCUCCAACAAGCAGAUAGUGUGCCACUGUUUGAAUCACUUCCUGUUGUCACGGUUGCUUCACUGUUAAUCGAGAUAUCGGUAAGGACAGAUAGGGUUGUCGAUGCAGUAGAGGAUCUGGCCAGCCUUGCAUGUUUUGAGCCUGCGGACAGUGAGAAGCCCGAGCUAUCCAAGCCCCCAACCAGUUCUGUUUCUUCUAUAGUGUCCCAAGGAGAGGAUGCCAUGAAAGCCCUUCAACAAGUCUGA